UAACCCAGAUUCCAAUUCCAACUCAAAAUGUAGGCAUUCAUAGUUUGGAUGUAGAGGAAGUAUUAAUUGUCUCUGCUACAGAAAAGGCAUUAAAUGGAUUGGGUCCAUCAUCAGUUCCAAUAGCACAACUUCAGGAGCAGCGAAAACAAGAAACCCAAACAGUGUCCACUGCAGCUGCAUCAACACCGAUCACAUUUACCCAAUUUACAAAAUCAAUUGAGAGUCAAGAAGUCAUAUCAAGCAUGAGCCAAGUCUACUCCGCAAUCUCCAAAACUGAGCAGCACCCUGAGAAAUUGCCUAGUCUUGUAACUCAAGUUGUUACUACUGAAGUGCAAAGAACUACCACUGUGUCAGUUGUUCAGGAGAGGGUACCGGUUGAGCCCAUGCCUGAACCCAAGAGUGCCGCUGUCACAGUUCAACAAGAAGUACAUCCAAAACCCAAACAGAAUGGAAGAAUACACUACCCUGGUGAUGUUAUAGAUCUCACAACAUUCAAAAUCAAUGUUACAAUGACUGACCAAGGAAUGGAUCUGACAGCGCCAGAUUCAAGUCAGUCAUCUUUAUCAAGUGAAUCAAUUGACAAGCGACAGGCUACUACUGUGCAACCAGCGAUAGUGAAUCUUAGUGCUGAAAUAAUCCCCUCUACAACGCUCUCUGUUGUAACAGAUAGUAUAACAAUUGUAACUUGCACAGCUACCAUUUCCUACAAUAACAAUAGCAUAGUUGAGAAGCCACUGGACCUGGGAAAUGCCACCUCAGUGCCUCUUCCACUUACCACAUACAACCCUUUUGAGCCACUCGCACAGAUAGUGUAUAGACCUGUAAGUCCUCAACCCAAACCUACAACCGGUGAAGAGAUCCCUAUUAACCUUUCAUACAGAGGUGUUGCGAUCACAGCCGUUCCUCUAAUGCCUGUUACAGUAUCCCCGGUGAGCUUCACAAAUGGCACUGCUAGUACAACAAUACAUAUAGAACCAUCAGCAGUUGGACCUGUAGACCUCACCACUUCUAAGCCAAUGAAAACUAUGGUUGCUUUGUCUUCGUCUUCUGGGGUGGUCACAACUAUUGUGGAGGAUGAUGUUACUCCAGUGGAUCUCACGUUGGGAGGGCGAGCUGUUUGUUGUGAUGUCAUUUACAAGCUUCCUUUCACAGGGAGCUGCAGAACACAGCCGCCAGUGACCACUCAAUCUGAUGUCCCAUCUGGCAUCAAAGAAGAUCAGAUUGUCAUUGAAGAUCUCAGCACCAUGAAGGGUUUGGUAUCGGAAAGUCAUUUCAAGGAGACCGAACUCUUUGGUUAUGAGAGGAUGAAUGGAUUCACCUAUCAAAAUGGGGCAUCCGAAGGGGCUAUUGAUUUGACAUCAUCUAAAUUUUCAGCAGAUGAAGCCUUAGACUACUCAAAGAAAGGCACUUUGCCAUUUACUGGGCUCACGACUGCUCAACAUUCUACAGUAACGUCAUUUGGUGUCAAUAAUUUGCUAAGAACAUCAAAUGGCAUUGUUUACUCAUCUGUAUCAGCCCCUGCCCCAUCCACGUAUGCCAUUACCACUCAACCAGGUUCAAUAUUUAACACAACGUGCAAUAGUCUCCCUGAUUCCAUUCCGUUUACAGGACUUGAAAAUCAGCCUGCUCCAUAUGGCUUUGUACCGACCACAGAUAUAUCAAAGGAUAUUCUACCAUCUGCAUUAGCCAGUCUCCUUCCCUCACUGACUGCCUUCCCUGAGCUCUACUCUGAUGCUACUCUUGAGGCAAUAGCAGCCUCUUUAGAUACACUGGUAUCUCCAAAUUUCCCUGACUUGGAUGACAGCAAGAGCCUGCAGUACAAGGCUGAACAUGAGUUUCUACAGCUAGAGAAGUUGAAGCAGCUGUGUCUUGCUGAAGAGCUUGAAUGGGAAAGACAAGAAAUACAGCGCUACCGAGAGCAAGAGCAGUUUGUUGUUCAGAAAGAACUGCAGGAGCUUCAGAACAUGAAGCAACAGCUCCUCAUGCAACAAGAGGAGGAACGCAAAGCCCAUCUGAUUCUCCAACAAGAAACGUUUGAACAGCAGCAGCUUCAGUUGGAGCAAAUCCACAGGUUACAGCAACAACUCCAGCAACAACUAGAAGAGCAAAAGAUAUAUCCCUAUGGGUUUGGACCAAAUGAAUCCCCACCUACCAGCUCAGACAUUAUACUUGAGUCUAAAUAUUCUGGAGAUAAUGGACAGUACUGGCCAGUGAAGGAUGACAACUCCAUGUCAUCUGCAGUGACCGUUCAUGACACUACACCAGGUCAAAACUGGCUGACCACCACCUCUGGUGCUUUUACUCAGUAUGGUUUAAACAUUCCUGUGUCAGUAGGUGCUCAGACAAAGGAGCAAAUGCAGUUGUCUACAAACCUGCCAGACACAGCUAAACUAGAUCAGAAUGUAGAUUUCAGUGGCAAGAAAUUGAUUGAAAGUGGUGUUCAAACAGAUGAUGAAGAUGCAGUUGAGAGGAUUGCUCCUGGUAGAAGGAGAAGAAGUAAGAGAAGUGUAGAUAGCUGUGUCCAAACUGAUGAUGAGGAUCAGGAUGAAUGGGACGUUCCUGUUCGGAGCAGACGCAGGUCCCGUUCCAGUAGAUACACUGAUGGAGAGAAGGGUAAAAGCUCAAAGGUGUCAAGUAUUGCGAUUCAGACUGUAGCAGAGAUUUCAGUUCAAACAGAGCAUUCAGGGACUAUCAGGAGAUCUCCUGUUCGAGCUCAGGUGGACACUAAGGUAGAUUUACACAGAGAUGGCCUAACAGAAAGCGACUCGGAUAUAACAUCAGAAAAAGAUAAAAGACGUCCAGCUUCCACUGAAAUAAGUGUUAGCACACACCUGACAGCUGAUGAUGUUGGAGCCUCAAUAGUUACCAAAUCUCCAAAGGUGUUAUGCUCCCUGCAUUCUCCAGUAUCCCCUGGGAAGAGCUCACAGAAGAUGCUGACUGUUGAAUCAUCGAGGCAUCCGAGUAGCUCAAGAUCACUACGUGGCUCACAGCGAUCGCUGUCUGACCCCAAGUCUCUCAGUCCAACGACUGAGGACAGAAUGAUGUACCAGUACUCAGACACCUACUCAAGCAAGGGUUCACAGAGCGGUACACCAGUUGGCAGUCAGAAAAAAGUCAAACGCACGCUACCUCAUCCACCGCCGGAAGAAGAUACCCUCCUUGGCCUUUCUGGGUACUCCACUGCCUCUGCCAGAAGACGAAUGUGUAGGAACACCACAUUGGCCCGGGCCAAAAUCCUGCAAGACAUAGACAAAGAGCUGAAUUUGGUUGAACGUGAGUCCUCAAAACUCCGCAAAAUACAGGCAGAGCUUGAUGAGGAGGAGAAAGAGAUAGAUGCUAAAUUGAGGUAUCUGGAGAUGGGUAUAAAUCGAAGAAAAGAGGCUUUACUUAAAGAGAGAGAGAAGAGAGAGAGAGCCUACUUGCAAGGAGUGGCAGAGGAGCGAGACUACAUGUCAGAUAGUGAGGUCAGCAACAUCAGAGAGGCACGAGGUAAUGGUCAUGGGCUAGAACGGCCACGGACUGCCCCACAGUCUGACUUUGACCAGUUCAUCCCACCGCAGACUGAGGCCGAUUCUCAGUAUGCUACCCUCCCCAGCCCAUAUUCCCAUUAUCAGUAUGCAUCGCAAAGCCAAACACCAGGUCAAUAUCCUCAGCAGACGUUAUACCAACAGUCCCUUUACCAUCAGCAGGUGUCCCCAUACCAAUCUAUCUACUCAUCUGUGCCCUCACUCACUCAGCAGGCCCAGCAGACUUGCUAUGACCAUUCCUCACUCCUUCUGAUGCAACAGAAGCCUCGACAGGCUACUUUGUCUGACUUAGAACCAAAUAUUACGACAAACUAUGAGGUGGUACGCAACCAGCCCCUCCUAAUUGUCCCUACGUCCACAGAGAGUGCCUAUGGAGUUUCCCAUCUCGGAGGUAAAUACAGUAACCUUGACCUGAGGAUGGGGCUAGAGGAGAGGGCCAGCAUGGCCAGCAGCCCCAUGUCCAGCAUAUCAGCCGAGUCCUUCUACGCAGACCUGGAUCACCAUAAUGCCAGAAACUAUGUCCUGAUUGAUGACAUCGGAGAACUCACCAAGGGAACCUCAGGCCUCUGUUCAAGCUUCAGUAUCGCUGAUAAGGAUAUUAGUAAAGCUGACCGCUUGCUCCGGACUGCUGACGUUCGUCGAACGGCAGAUGUGGCGGAUUUCCUCGGCCCUCUUCCGGCAGCUUCCAGACUGCAUUCGUAUGGUAAGGCAGAAGAGGAUUCCAUGGAGGAGCCGUAUGAAUUGAAGAUGUUGCAACAGCAAAUUAAGCAGGAGUUCAGGAGAGGGACAGACAGUCUCGAGCAGCUCACGGGCCUGCCUCACUACCUCCACUCUGACACCAGUUUUAGACAUUUCCCUAAAGCUGAGAAAUAUAGCAUAGGAAGACUAACGUUAGAAAAACAAGCUGCCAAGCAACUCCCAGCCUCGGUUCUCCACCAGAAACAGCUGAAGAAUAAAAAAGCAUUCAUAGACCCAAAAAUUACUAAGUUUUCACCCAUUCAGGAGAGCAGGGACCUUGAGCUUGACUACUGCAGGCUUUUGGCUUCUGCCAGCUCUUCUGUUGGUGGACUGUCUGCCAGGGCAAGACUCCUUCAAGAUGAAAUCGCAUUUGGUCUCCGAAAGAAUCUAGCUGAACAACAGAAAUAUCUGGUUUCAGCACAUGGUGCUAACCUGGCUCAGUCACUCAACUUUGGCAACCUAGGACCAACCAUAAGGUCAUCCCUUCAUGAAGAUGGUACAUACCCAAGUGGAAGUCAUUCAAGACCCUCCUCUAGGCCUUCUUCUGUAUAUGGACUGGACCUGUCUAUCAAAAGAGACCUCUCAAAUUCCUCGCUACAUCUGAAAACAGAAUGUGAGGAUAGCCACUUUGGAUCAGCUAGGGCUAAACCAACAAGUCUGCCUAUUAGUCAGAGCAGAGGCAGAAUUCCCAUCGUUGCACAAAAUUCUGAAGAGGAGAGUCCACUGAGCCCCGUUGGACAACCUAUGGGAAUGGCCAGAGCAUCUGCGGGUCCACUUCCACCCAUCUCGGCAGACUCCCGGGACCAGUUUGGGUCCAGUCACUCUCUUCCAGAAGUCCAGCAGCACAUGAGAGAGGAAUCCAGGACAUGUGGAUAUGAACGAGAAAUUGCUUUUAUAAAGGAUGACCUUCAAGGGGCCAUGUCAGAUAGUGAAGCUGGAGGUCCUAGCUGGAAUGUGAAAGCAUACCACCUUCAGCAGGAAGAGACGGACUGGUUUGACAAACCUCGCCGCGGUGGACCAGAGGCAUUGCAAGGCCAGGAUAGGAGACAGAUAAAAGGCAGCCAUUACCUCUUCCCACACACUCGCAUCAAACUGCAGCGGGACCCCAAGGACCACAGCGUCUCAGGGGGCGGGCUGGGAAUCAGAGUUGUGGGCGGGAAGAAGAUUCCAGGGACCAAUGGAGAGAUCGGAGCAUAUAUUGCCAAGGUUUCAGCAGGAGGAUCCGCAGAGCAGACGGGAAAAGUAGUUGAAGGAAUGCAAGUUCUGGAGUGGAAUGGAAUCUCUCUGGUGGGAAAAACCUAUGAAGAGGUGCAAUGCAUUGUGGGUCAACAGUGUGAAGAGGCAGAAAUAUGCGUGCGCCUAGAUCUGAACAUGCUGUCUGACACAGAUCAUCCUCAACAACUAGACCAUCAAACUCAACUAAGAGCCGGCGAACGUCAGCGUUCUCCAGGUGUAGACCCAAAGCAGCUUGCGGCAGAGCUACAGAAGGUGUCUCAGCAGCAGGCUCCGGCCUCCGUGCUGUCUGCGCUGGAGAGAGCAGGACAUCUGCAUUCUGCCCCAGGAUCUGCAGCCUCCAGCGGGGUCCCCAGCCCCGGACAGCCCGGCUCCCCGUCUGUUAACAAGAAGCGUCACAGCAGCAAGUCAGCAGAAGCCCUGAAGCCACAACCACAUCCAAUCACUGGUGAAAUACAACUUCAAAUCAACUAUGACAAGAAUAUGGGCAACUUGAUUGUCCACGUUCUACAAGCAAGAAAUCUCGCACCUAGAGAAAACAACGGAUACUCGGAUCCCUUUGUUAAGGUCUAUCUCCUGCCAGGGAGAGGCCAAGUCAUGGUUGUCCAGAACGCAAGUGCUGAGAACAAGAGGAGGACUAAAUAUAUCCAGAAAACUCAGAACCCGGAAUGGAACCAGACCGUCAUUUAUAAAAACAUCCAUCUUGAGCAGCUGAAGAAGAAAACUCUGGAGGUUACUGUGUGGGACUAUGACAGAUAUUCCUCAAAUGAUUUUCUGGGAGAAGUGCUCAUUGACCUGUCAAACACGUCUCAGCUGGAUAACACGCCUCGCUGGCACCCCCUAAAGGAGCAAAGUGAGAGUAUUCAUCACGGACGAGCUCAUCCACCACAGGGGCCAGGUGGCUCCGGAGGCCCGGGAGCGCAGGGUGGCCCUGGUGGUCACGGGGGUCCUGAAGGACAAGGAGGGCAACCGGGUAACCAGCAAUCACCCAAAACCUCUGUCAUCAAGAGCCGAAGUCACGGCAUCUUCCCUGACCCUGCUAAAGACACACAGGUCCCUACCAUAGAAAAGUCCCACAGCAGUCCCGGCAGCUCCAAAUCUUCCUCCGAGGGUCACUUACGCUCCCACGGCCCUUCUCGCAGCCAGAGCAAAGGCAGUAUAACCCAGGCGCACCUGGAGGAGGCGGGGAACGCCAUCGCUGCGGCCGAGGCUGCUGUCCAUCAGUCCCGAUUCCAGCCAAACAAAACAAAUCACAGAAAAACUGAGUGUGAUGGAUAUACUCUGGACAGCGAGGAUGUCACGGGCACGAAUGCCUUGGACAGUGCCAUCUUUCAGGUCCCUCAGUUGAAAAACAUUCCCAACGGAACAGAUAAAACCAGAGGACUUGAAACUCUGAACCUGUCUGACUCUGAGGGUAAAAUGAUGGGAGAGAUUAAGGUGGCUUUAAAGAAAGAAAUGAAGACUGAAGGAGAGCAGCUGGUUCUUGAGGUUCUGCAGUGUAGAAACAUCACCUACAAGUUCAAAUCUCCAGAUCAUCUACCUGACCUGUAUGUAAAACUGUACGUGGUGAAUGUCGCAACUCAAAAGAAAAUCAUAAAGAAGAAGACGAGAGUGUGUCGCCAUGACAGAGAGCCGUCCUUCAACGAGACGUUUCGUUUUAAUCUCAAUCCGGUUGGCCACUCUAUCCAGCUGUUCCUGGUAUCAAAUGGAGGAAAGUUCAUGAAGAAGACCCUGAUCGGUGAAGCCUACAUCUGGCUGGAUAAAGUCGACAUGCGGAAACGGGCGGUCAGCUGGCACAAGCUAGUGGCCACCACCAAUCUAACGCAACCAUAAUCAGCCAAUCACAACCCAUCACUGCCCUCCGCGAAAUGAAACAAAGGUGGGUUCGUGAAUUUGGAAUGACUGACAGGUGCAUUAUGUUGGUAAUGAUGGAAAACAAGGUACGAGGAAAUGGCAAACUCAAUAUUGCGUCAUAAGGGUGGGACCACCUGUUCAUCCACUGAAAAGUGUAUUUGAGACGUUUCACCGAACAUCCACCAGGACGGUAAAUCCAUUUAAUCUCUCAGAACACGGUUAUGAUCUUGGAAAUCAUUUCUGAAGCAACAUUCCUGUUCCAAAGCAUACAUACUGUAUCUCUGAUAUCCGUAGGCUCUUUAGUACUUGAGAAUCUGUACAUUUCAUUGUCAUUUCUAUCACAUUUCCAAAGUUGUAUAUGUAUAUUUACCACAAAAACAAGAUACAACAUAUAAAACAUAUAGCAGAACCCACAAGAUGAGUGACACAAUUAUUUGAUAAAUAAUGAAAUCAUAUCAUAUACUAUGUUAUGCACUGAAUUGAGGUUAUACUGUAAGAAAAAAAGACAAUCCGUAAUGUUGAACGCAGUGUUGAGCAACACCAGUUAAUGUUUUAAAAGUCGCAUUCAAAGAGAAUGUUCAGGUUUUUUUGACGGACAUCAGCUGGAAUCGACAGAAGGCGACUGGUGAAAAUGUUCACCCAACAUUGCGAAGGUUUAUCAUCCUGAUGUUCUGACCGUGGCUGUUUGUGGGACAGUAAAAGAGGUCGUAUUUUGUGUUGAGCACUCGAGCCCUCGAAAUUGUCUUCUCUCAAAGGCGUCUACUUUCCGUCCGAAAAUUUGAUUGUGCUGUUUGUCCACGAUUUGUGUUUGUUUUGAGCAGCGUCUUGGAGUAAAUGUCACGUCGGUGGUCAAAUGUUGUCUCUGUUUUGUGAGUUCUGUGUGGAAUCCAAAUAUGCAACGACGAAAAAUAAAUGAAUAACGUACAUUUGAGAAACUCACGUAAGCGUUCUGGCUCAAAGUGACUCAAAGGGUUGAAAUCCGGAUGUAACGUUUGUGGUUCAUUUGGUGUCUGUCCUCUGUCUCGUGUUUUAUGGUGGUGCGCUGUUUCAAAAUCAUUUUUCGAAGUAAUCAUCUGUUGUAAUGUUUGAUCUGUUUAGCUAUAAAAGAUGAUUGUCUCAUCAUUUCAACAUGAACACUGCCUCUUUAACCUCCACCGUGUCAGUGUAGAGCUACACAAUGUGCCAAUGAUGAACAAAGGCACACGCUUUUGUCUGUCUGGUCAGUGUUUCCAUAUCCGUGGACAUCUCGCGUAUAUGGAAACAGCUAAUAGAACAUACACGAAGGUUUCUUUGUUUUAAUCUACAUCUUGCAGGGGUGACGCACAGAUGUAUUUUAAGAAAAGGUUGCUAAGACAAACUCUUGUGUGCCAACCUGAUGUUUUAACCAAAUCCACUGGUUCAGUUUGGGUAAUCUAUGCAACAUGGAUUUUGUUCUUUGAAUGCAUAUACCUUAACAUAUGACAUAGAGUCUGAAUACAUGUAUAUGUUGAAAAAAAUAGAGAAAUGAAUUAUAUGAAUAUUGUAUAGUGUUUAUUUUUAUUUAUUUUUUACUUCCUCUUUUAUGGCACAGUAUAUAUUGAUCGUAUGCACUUUAGGUUAUUGUACUCAUAGAUUUACAAAUAUCAUCGUAAAUUUCAAUUGACACUACAUUAAAUAUUGAAACAUUGGGAAUCUUCUGGGAAACGUAAAAAAAUACUUAUAUUAUAUUAUGCCCGACUGUUAAGGGUGUUUAUUGUGAUGGCCAAUUAAAUCCAAUCAAGUUUUUAUCCACAUCAUUAUAUUUCUAAAAAAGUUCCCUUUAAACAAGCACAUGAAUCUAUUUGACAGCUAUCUAAUCUUCUAUUGCAGUUUAUUAUCAUCCCAUUAUUUUUAUGGGGAUGAUUUUCGGUUGAUUCUGUUACCGUAUGCUGUGUGAAUGUGAUAUUUUUUUUGUAAAUAUAUCUGAUAUUUUCUACGACAAAAGGUGUGAAUAUUAAUUUGGUCUGAUGUUGAGCAUGUGAUUGUGAUCACAAGAUCAAACUCUGUCUGUAUAUAUUGUAUUUGUCUAUCUGUGGAAGAAAGUAAUAACUGGAUCGGUUUACUCAAGUGUUCGAUCAACCCAUUCCGAUCUGUUUGUCAAAAUCAGCAACAUCUCUCAGAAUGAAAAUGUUAAGAUUUAAAAAAUGUAUACAAAAAAGACAACAGAAGUUUUUCUUUCCAAUUGAAUGGUUGUCAAAGAGUUUCUAUGUUUUAACAUAGAUGUUGCAUGUUUCGUUAGAUGUCUGUUGAUAUAUUUUCACUCCGGAUUCCGUUGAAAAAGAGAGAGAAUCUGAACACAUCAUCUGACGUUGUAUGCGGACUGUAAAAAUGCUUGUAAAAUGAGUCUUGUUUCUCACUUCGUGUAAAAAAGAAGAAAAAAUCUAAUGUUAUGGUUUUGUGGUUGUCCACAGGAUGUCAUGAAAUUAUGCAAAUUGUGCAGUAGAGAAAAAAAUAAUAUAUGAAAAUUAAGAAAUAAAUGAAAUCUUUCUCCCUGCGUAUAAAUAAUAAAGAGUAGAUUCUAUUUCAAAU